CAUUGCUGGGAUUCAAUCCCACUGAACGGCCGGAUUGUCCCAGGGCUGGCCGCGACUUCCCGGCUCCCCUCGGCCUCUCCAGCCCCUGAGGGAUGCGCGGUGAGUGGGGGGGCUGCAGGAAGGGCAGGGAUUUGGGAGCACUGGGACCCCCGACCGGUGAAUUCAGCCCACGCUGGAGUCCUGAGGCUCGUCGCCGGCUGGGGUGGCUAUAAAAGGGAGCGCCGGGACGCGCGCCCGGCACUCGGCUCUGGCUCUCGGGGAUGUGGGGUGGCUCCCGCACCGUCUGGAAGAGGAGGUUCAGCUGCUAUGGUCCCUGGGAGUCUGCCGAGAGCUGCAUCGUGUACACCUCCGCCAGCGUCUACCGCCGGCUGCAGGAGAGCCCGCGGCAGCCCCCGCGGGGGAUGAGCACCCGGGGACCCCCCAGCAGCCUCCCGGCCGGCGGGAGGUUCCUCAAGUCCGAGUCCGAGGAUUCCGGCGUGGAGAUGGCCAGCAACGAGCACUCGCCCUCCACCCCGCUGGGCUCCGAGAGCAGCUUCUCCCUCGACGGCUUCCCGGCAGAGAAGCCCCCCGGAGAGGAGCCCCCGCGGACACCCCGGAGCCGCUCGGCCAGCAGGAGGCUGCUGCAGGCAGCGCAGCGGAGCAGGAGGCAGCGCUGCCCGCGACAGCUCAGCCGGCUCAGCGCCAGCGCCGCCGACCUGGCAAAGCCCCCGCGGGACCCCGAGGAGCCCGAGGCUGGGGGGGCUCGGCCGCCCGGCAGCCCUCGGGACCCCCGGGCUGUGCCCGAGGCCGCGGUGCCGGGGCAGGGGCUGCGCUACCUGGAGCACGUGUGCCAGAUGCUGGAGCGCCUGGCGCGGCUGCAGCAGGACAACCGCGUCCUCCGGCAGCAGGCGGCCGGAGCCCGGGGCGCCCGCCCGGACACCCUGCCCACCCGGCAGCCUCCGAGGCAGGAUUUGGGCACGUGGAGGGGCGAGAGGUUCCGGCCACGCUCCUGCUCGGACAGCCAGGCCCCAGCAGCUGACCCCGAGCCGUGCCGGAGGAUGUGGGGACACUCGGUCAGCUCCCCCAGCCUGCUGGACCCCUCCGAGGGCGGGGCGGGUGCCCCGGCACCGGACAAGGACGGGCGCUCGCACUGGGGCCGGGUGAAGGUGCUGCUCACCCGCCUGACCCGCCGCUCCCUGCGGGGCGGCCGCUGCAGGUAGGACGGGGGGUUCCCGCUCCCAGCGCCACACCUGGAUGGAGGAACUGCGUCACACCCCGCCCUAUGACGUCACGCCCCCCCCCGGGGCCGGUCCCCGGCCCGGCGCCCCCCCUUCACCUUUUCUCCUUUCCCACAAUAAAUUCUUUUCACCCAUAAAGAGGCGGCUCUUAGCGAGGUGCUUGCUGUCGCGCCGUGACGUCACUCCCCUAAGCCCGGCGUGACGUCACACGAGGGCACGUCACCGCCGCAUCACUUCCGAGGGCUUUUCCGCCCCUUUUGUCCGCCCGGGCCUGGUCCCACGGACGGUUCAAGCGGCUGCCGCCGCUCCCGAGCCCCCUCCCCUGGGUCCAGCCCGAGCCCCCUCCCAGCUCAGCCCCGGGCAGGCUCCGGAGGGGUCCCGCUGCUUCGGGCUGGGGGUAAAGCUCGUCCUCCCCCCUGAGCCCUCCCGGCCCCCUCGAGCCGCUCCGCGGGUGAGGAAGAUGCUGCUCCGAGCCCCGGCCAGGCGCUCUCCUAUCAGCGUCUCCCGGAGCCCUCCCGGCACCGCUCCCAGCCGGACGCCCCGGGGGCAUCCUCAGAGCUGCAGCCUCCUGCAUCCCACCGCUCCUUCCCGGGAAACAGCCCAGGUGAGGAGGAGGAGGGAGGUCUGAGCCUCUCUUUCCCACCCGGGUACCCCCGGAUCACCUGGAGCAAGGGAAAGCUCCCGAGCACCUGACAAGGAAAACCAAGGUGUGGACCCAGAUGCGUGCUGGUGUUGGCUGGCCUGGACAGGGUUAAUUCAUCCAAUUGGUGAGGAAACCCCUUGGGAUUGGUGGUGCUGGACUGGUGGUGGGCUGGCAUCUGCUACACCCGUCCCUGUCCCCGAGGGGGUCGGGGGCUUUGGGGAGGAAGGGGGACAGUCGGGAUUGCUGCAACACCUCUGGGCUAACCCGGAAUUCCUCACGGGGAGGAAAGAGGAGGAAGAUUUGCUCAUCAGCAGGGAAUGGUCCCCAUCCCGGGAUGGCCCCACUGCUGCUCACGUGGAUCCUCUUGGAGUGAUGCUUCCCUUCCGUCUGCUCCCGGAGGUGCGAGUGCUGAUGAACCUCACCCAGGGGUGCCUCAGACUCCGGGGCUGAGCACGUUCCACAUCGUAGAGUUAAAUUUUCCCUUCCUGCCAGCUCUCCCUAUUAACGCUGGGAUCUUGUGGGUGGUGCAAAACCCGGUAAUUAUCCACUUUUUACUAUAAAAGAUGGAAUUCUCCUCCCCAGCCAGUGCGGAGAGUACGCAGAGUGAAUCCCUGGGAAUGCCUGGGUUAAGUUUCCAGGGGUGAAAUCCCUCUCUUGAGUGCUGGGGGGAGGGCAGGAGGAGCCGAGGGCAUGGACCAGGAGCUGGGAUUUGUGAAUACUCCGGAUGCAGGAGAGGUGGGAUGCUGGGGGUGAGGCGGCCGGGGAGGUCUGGCUGUGGCACGCAGGGUGGCAGGGAUGCAGACAAAGCCACCAGGUUGGGUUCAGGUGAGCCCAGGUGGGAUUGAAUCCGGGCAGGAAUCAACACCUCCAGGCCAUGGAGGGGUUGCCAUGGAUCUCUGCCCACUCGGGAUCCAUCCCGAGGUCUGCAGGGCUCAGAUCCCGUGGGAGAGUGUGUCCCUUGCUCGGGCGCACGGGCUGCGUGCGUGGCAGUUAAAGAUAUAUAUAAAUAUCUAUAUUCUGUAUAUUUAGCAUCCCUGCUCUGGGUAACCGUGGCAACUGGGUUUAUUUUGCUUAAACCUGGCCUGGCAUGUGAUGUGGUUGGGAAGGAACAGCCGAGGGGAGAGGGAGGGAUGAAGUUCUCCGUGCUGGGAGCUGGGGAGGAGCCGUGGCACGGGAUGCUCUCAGGGGGACCUUGCUGUGUCCCUGCAAACGCCUCACUGGGGACGGCCCCCAGCAUUCCUGUGGCUCUGUCCCAUCCCCUCUGCUCCACCUGGGAAGGGAAGGUUUGGUUUUGGGGUUUCCAUCUCCCUGUUUUCUGCUGGGCUUCCCAGGACGCCCCUGACCGCUGUUCCCUGUCUCGUGCAGGGUCCUGUUUGCCACAUCCGGGUCCUGGUGGGAAGAGCUGGUGAUGGUUUUCCUGAUGUCUGGAGCCGCAUGCCCUCACCUGGAGCCGCAGAAGCCUCGUGCCACCCCAAGGCCGACACGGGACCCUCGUCAGCCCCACCAGGACCCCACCAGGGUGGGCUUCCAACCCCUAAUCCCAUCCAGCACAUCCCAGGACACAGCAGGCAGCCUCUCCUUACCCUUAAAGGUGCCAGCUCAGCCCUAAAUUCCCUAUAUUUUACUGGAAAACCCAAUUCCUCGUGCUUGGAGGCCGUUUCCUUCCCGCGCCUCCACGGGGGGGGGGGAAAUUCAAUCCCAGUUUUUCCCUUCCAGGUGACACCCCAAGCCCCCCGUGUCCCCCCCCCCUGCAGUGGCGGCCGGGCGGCGGCAGAGGGCGACAGCGGCCCGGCGGUGGCACCGACACGGCCCCGGCGGUGGCACCGACACCGACACGGCCCCGGCCGCGCUGCGCUGCCAAAAACUUUAUUGGGGACAAGCGACGGAGCCCCUGUGCCCCCUCCCCGCACACCGAAGAGGGGCUGAAACCCCCCCGGUUUUCCAUAGGUUUGCUCCUGGCUGGGUUGUUUCCCUUUAGGGAUUUUCCCUGCUCUGGGGUCCCCUGUCCCCUCCCUGGGCACCCCCCAGCUCUAGGGUAGAGGAUCUUUGUACCAUUCCUGGGAAAAGGGGGCUGGAUGCUCGCCACGGGAAGCAUCGCCCUCUGCCCAGGCCUCAAAAAAUGGGAUUUGAGUGAUUUUUGCCCUGCCCUGAGGGGGGGCACUGGGCUCCUAAGGCACAAAAUGAGGGGGAGGAGGAGGGGGGGGUCUCACCCUCUGGGUGCUGGGGGUGCCAAGGGAGGCUGGAAUCUGGGAAAAUCCAGCACCCCACAUCCUAAUCUUCAUCCUGCUCCUCCAACACCCCCCAAUUUAAGGCAAAACUCAUUUGUGGAUUGACAAAGACGAUCCUGACCCUGGCAGCCUCCUCACCCUCACCCGGGCAGGAGCGCAGAGCUGUGGGGUGACGGGAGCAGCUCCAGCCCCCCAGAUCCAUCCCUGGGAUGGGAGCUGGGAUCAAAGGGGGGGAUCCCCAUCCCCAUCCUCGCCUCAGUCGUCGGCCACGAUGGAGAGCGCGCGGAGCUCGCUGAGCUUGGCGUCGUUCUCCUGCUCCCUCUGCUCGUCGCUCAGCCCGGGCCGGUCGAUCUGCGCAGUCAGGUCCCCAAAAAUCUUGUGCAUCUCCGUGUAGUAGACAACCUGUUGGAGAAGGGGGAUCGGGGAGGGAGGGGAAUGGGGGUCUCCUCCCCACCGCACCCCCCCCGUCCCCCUCGCGGGUGCCCUCGGCAGCCCCUCGCCGCGGCGUUGGUGUCUAAAAUAGCUCCCUCCCAUGUGGCGAUGCCACCCCCUUGGAUUAUUACAACUCAACACAUUUUAAUAACA